UGCUGUGAAGAUCCAUCCUGUGAUCCCAGUGGUUUUUCCUGUUAGGAAUGUAGUGAAAUGUUAUUGUAUGUCUCACCAUUUGUGCUUUUUGGUGUUUUGGGAGUAAAGGCAGUUUGUUGCUACUUUAAUUGAAAGUGUUCAGAUUUGCUGUGAGAAAUUUCCCCAAUAAACUGGGUGCAACAAGUGCAGUUUUAUUAGAUUGUUGUUGCAUUUAGUGCUUAAUAAGAGUGUAUAAAAGUCUAUGUGCCUAUCUUUUAUUUGUAAUACAGGCUUGUAUAAUUUCUCAAUAGAUAUGGAAAAAAAUGUAGAAUCAACACAACCUUCUGAAGAGAAAGAAAAUCAUCUGAAAAGAUGUUUUGGGUCAAAUGAUGACUUAAUCUUUAUAUCACUUCAAUGGUUUCAGAUGUUUCCUUUAUUUUUCACUUUGUUUUCCAUUAUUACAAAAAGCUACACGUAGUAUUUGUUUCACAAAAAUGUUGCAUUCUCUUUAUGACUAAAAGAAAAAUCAAUAGAUAAAUAUUUUAAUCUUCACUAAAAACCUUUAAGGUUUGGUCUAAUAACUGGACCCAUCCUCCUGCACAAACAGGAAAUAAAAAAUAAAACAUAUUUUAAAUAAAUGGUGCAUGUCGUGUUUAACCAGUUUUAAAAAUGAUGAAAUUCAGAUCAGAUGCCCGCACUUCCCAAAUGUGAAACAUAGAGGGAGUCAACACAUCGCAUGUUUAUUUAGGACCUUUUUUAUGUAGAGAUUUGAGGUCUUUUUUAAAAUUGUUGUCAGUUUGAUGCAAAUGGAAAUAUUCUUGAAGAGAUUUUAGGUUUGAAACAAGAAAAAAACUAAAGAUCCAGGUUGGCUAAAACCCAAUUAUUCAUUAUAAUCAUCAUUCAUUUUUAAUUAAGCAAGAGGUUUAGUCGUAUUUAUCUGUAGAAAUCUUACCAGAAUCUAUCAACUUUGAGAUGCUUUUUUUUCUUCAUUUUUUCCAUUUUAAAACACAACUGAGAUGCAUAAUUCAGGUUUUUAGACACUGCUAUUGUACCAUGAAAUACUGAUGGACACGGAGCAUCUGGAGAAGAUUCUUCACACUUCACACUCGUUUUCUGACAACACAUCAGUUGUGUUAUCCUCAGCAUAAAUUCCCUCUGCAAUUGAGUUUUAGCUGACUUUUGUAAGCAAGAGUCCGCAGGAAGGAGACACGGCUCACAGAAGACAAAGAUUUCAGGAGCUUAGGAGGAAAAUGUCAAAUGAGUUUAUGUCUGAAUACGAGCCUCUGCUCAUUAAAGGCAUCAAAGAUAAAAAGCGGUUAAAGCUUCCAAACAAAUCUCUGCCGCUGGCUGUGUUUGCUGCUUGUGUAGGAGGGACUUUUCAGUAUGGAUAUAAUAUAUCCAUCAUCAACGGUCCCACAAAGUACGUACAAAACUUCAUCAACCACACCUGGAUGGAGCGCUACCACACCAACAUAUCAGAAAAUGGUCUGACUCUGCUCUGGUCCACUAUUGUGUCCAUUUUCACUUUAGGAGGACUCAUAGGAGUUUCAAUCGGGGGAACGUUGUCAGUGAGGCUUGGGAGAAAAGGGACGCUGCUGACCAAUAACAUAUUCUCAUUAACGGCUGCUCUGCUGAUGGGUCUGAGCUCCACUGCUGGAUCAUUUGAGUUGCUCAUCAUUGGACGUCUUCUCUGUGGAGUAAAUGCAGGCAUUGCUUUAUGUGUUCAGCCUCUUUAUUUGGGGGAAAUCGCUCCGACUGCGUUGCGUGGGGCCACGGGAAUGGGAACCUCUGUUUUUAUCACUGGUGGGAUCUUAACCGGACAAGUGAUGGGUCUCAAAGAGGUUCUGGGUAAGGAGGAGUACUGGCCCAUCCUGCUGUCCACCACUUUUAUCCCUGCUGUUCUGCAGCUCAUCAUCCUGCCCUGGUUCCCAGAGAGCCCACGCUAUUUGCUCAUUGAUAAAGGGGAUGAUGAGGGAUGUAAAAAAGCCCUGAGGCAGCUGCAUGGUUUAUCUGAGUGUGAUGCUGCGUUGGAGGAUAUCAAGAAAGAGAGGAAUAACUUGGUAGGUUUCCACGCCAGGAAACCUUGGGAACUCUUUUCUGAUGGCAGUGUGCGCUGGCAGCUUCUCACCAUCGUGUUGCUCAACAUGGCACAGCAGUUAAACGGCAUCAACGCUAUUUACUUUUACGCAGACUAUGUGUUCAGACAGUCAGGUAUUCCUAGUGAGAGAAUACCAUAUGCAACUGUCGGCACAGGUGCCUGUGAAUGCAUCACUGCACUAACAUGUGGUUUGCUGAUUGAGUGUCUGGGAAGGAAAGUGCUCAUCACAGGAGGGUACAUACUGAUGAGUGUCUGCUGCAUUUUAUUCACUCUGACUCUCACGUUCCAGGAUGUCAGCCCAAUUUUUCCCUACCUGAGCAUGGCCUGUGUUUUUGCCUUCAUCUUGAGUUUUGGUUUAGGACCAGGUGGCGUGACUAACAUCUUGACCGCUGAGCUGUUCACUCAAACUGCACGUCCUGCUGCGUUCAUGAUCUCAGGAUCAAUAAACUGGCUCAGCUUCUUCUUCAUCGGCUUGAUCUUCCCUUUCAUUGUGCUCGGGUUCCAGCAGUACUGUUUCCUGGUCUUCCUGAUGGUCUGCUCUUUGGUGGCAAUCUACAUUUUCUUUGUUGUUCCUGAAACAAAGAACAAAACAUUUGUGGAAAUUCAGAAAGAUUUCCAGUCCUUCAACAAGAGAAAGUCCCGUGGUUCUGAUGGAGCGUCGUCAAUACUCUUGUCCACACCUCUGUGAAACACCUGUCUCCUCUGCUUCCAAACACAUUUUUAGUCAUAAACGUUUAUGAAACUCAAAUGCAGGGUAUCGCAUACAGUGAGCAACAUAAGUAUUUGCACACCCGGCAAUUUUGCAAGUUCUCCCACUUAGAAAUCAUGGAGGAAUCUGAAAUUCAGAUUGUAGGAGCAUUCCCACUGUGAAAGUAAACAUUUUAAAAAAGGAAAAUAGCAUGGUAUGGUUUUUAAAGAAUGCAUUUGUAUUGCACUACUGCACACAAGUAUUUGAACACCUGAGGAAAUCUGUGGUAAUAUUUGGUGCAGAAGUCUUUGUUUGCAAUUGUAGAUGUCAAAUGUUUCUGGUAGGUCUUGACCAGGUUUGCACACAAUGCAACAGGGAUUCUGGCCCGCUCCUCCACAGAUCUCCUCUAGAUCCAGAACCUUGAUAUGCUUCUUAUGGAGCCACAACUUGGUUAUCCUGGCUGUGUGCUGCUGACCCAGCCACGACCCGUCUUCAGUGCUCUUACUGAGGGAAGGAGGUUGUUGCUCAAAAAAAAAAAAAAAACAUGGUGGCCCCAUUCAUCCUCUCCUUACUACAGUGCAGUAAUCAUGUCCCCUUGGCAGAAAAGCACCCCCAAAGCAUGAUGUUUCCACCCCAUGCUUCACAGUAAGGAUGGCGUUCUUGGUAUGCCACUCAUUCUUCUGUUUCCUUCUAACACAGCAAGAAGAGUUUAGACCAAAAAGUUCUAUUUCUGUCUCAUCUGACUACAUGCCUUUCUCCCACGCCUCCUCUGGAUCAUCUAGAUGGUCAUUGGCAAACUUUAGACGGGCAUGGACAUGUGAUGGCUUAAGCAGAGGAACUAUUUGCGCAAUGCAUGAUGUUAAACCAUGAUGGCAUAGCGUUCUGCCAACAGUGACCUUUGAAACUGUAGUCCCAGUUUUUUAUUUUUUAUUUUUUGUGUGUAAAUGACCAACUCCUAUCGUGUAGCUCUCGGCUGAUUAACACACCACCAGGUGAGCUCUUGCAUGGAGCCCCAAUGGACGGAGACUGACAGUCGUCUUUAGCCUCUUCCAUAACAUUUGCUCCAACAGUUGGUCUAUUUUCACCAAGCUGCUGGGCAAUUGCCCCGUAGUGCUUUCCAGCCAUGUGGGCUCACAAUUUUGUCUCUGGUGUCUUUUGACAGCUCUUUGGUCUUGUCCAUGGUUGAGUCUGACCGACUGUGUGGUGGACAGGUGUCUUUAACAAGCUCAGACAGGUGCUAAUAAUUCAUAUUAUUAAUUGGAGCAGAGGUGGACUUUUUAAAAGGCAUGGUAACAAGUCUUUGAGAGCCAGAAUUCAUACUGACUGCCAGGUGUUCAAAUACUGAUGUGCAGCAGUACAAUGCAAAUAAAUUAUUUAAAAAUCAUACAAUGUGAUUGCCUGGAUUUUUUCAAAUGCUGUCUCUCACAGUGGGAAUGCACUUACAAUGUGAAUUUCAGACCUAAGUGGGAGAACUUGCUAAAUCGCUGGGUGUUCAAAUACUUGUGUUCCUCACUGUAUACCAUUCUGUAAUAACAAAACAACUUAAAAACCCAAGAAAUAUACACAACAGCUGUAAGCAGUAAUGUUCCUGGAUGUGUCUUUUCUUGCACUCUCUGAGUGUUUUAACCCUCUCAGGCUCAAAAUAAGUUUUGAUAAAAGCACGAACAACUAAGUCCUUCAGGGGUACUUCUGAGUUAAAAAAUGCUCAUGAGAUACGUGUGUGGAGUAAUCAGGUAGGUAGGUUUUAACGUUGCAAAUCUGCAACGCUUGCCUACAGAGGGUUAAUUAUUGCUUUGUACUACCUCUAAAAAGGGUCCAUAAAUAAAGUUCAGUUAUUAAAAGAUGUUGCCUCACUGGUGUGAACAAGUUCAAAGUGAAUCCUGCUGGCCUGAUUUUAGAGUUUAAUCCGUCAGAGUUGCGUGCGACCAGGAGAACAAAGAGUGUAAAGAUCUUUUUGGAGGAGAAAGCUCAUUAUUAGAAGCACAUAAGUUCCUUCAUUAAUAAUCAGCCAGGCCUGGAUAUCUAUGCACACGGUCCGUUUGUUGAACAUGUUUUUAAUUACAAGUGCAAAAAUUUAAAGCCAAAUAUAUCUUUAGGAUGCAUACAAUCAAUUUAAAGAGUGUAAAACUAAAAACCUGAGUAGUAAUUUAUUGUUUAGUAGGUGUAGUAAUUUAAGUAAAUUAGUAGGAGUAGUAAUUUAUUCCAAAUGUGGCAAUUCAGAAUCAGACUGCUUGUUUUUGGCUGUAAAAGGUAAUUAAAUACUUCACAAGAUGUAGUUUUUGUAGUUUUUUGCUAUUCAUACAGUAAAUCUUAAAAAGAUCGGUCAGAUCAUAUGAAAAUGAUAAACCUGAGUGGGUAGGAGGUUUCUACAAGUGGUGGCAGCAGCGUUCUUGACUGGGUCAUUUAACAAGACCUCAGAGAUUGGGAGUAUGCCUGAGAAUGCAGCAUUUGUUUGGGGCAUG